UCCCUGCCUGUCUGCUUUGUGCUGGGUGCCCCUGCCGUCUCGCUGCCCUGCGCUCUCGUACCGAAAGGAUUUGGCCCUGCGCUCUCGUACCGAAAGGAUUUGCCCCUGCUCUCUCUUACCUAAAGGAUUUGGCCUUGCUCUCUCUUACCUAGAGGAUUUGGCCCUGCGCUCUCUUACCGAAAGGAUUUGGCCAUGCGCUCUCGUACCGAAAGGAUUUGCCCCUGCUCUCUCUUACCUAAAGGAUUUGCCCCUGCUCUCUCUUACCUAAAGGAUUUGGCCUUGCUCUCUCUUACCUAGAGGAUUUGGCCUUGCUCUCUCUUACCGAAAGGAUUUGCCCCUGCGCUCUCUUACUUAAAGGAUUUGGCCUUGCUCUCUCUUACCGAAAGGAUUUGCCCCUGCUCUCUCUUACCUAAAGGAUUUGCUCCUGCUCUCUCUUACCUAAAGGAUUUGGCCCUGCGCUCUCGUACCGAAAGGAUUUGCCCCUGCUCUCUCUUACCGAAAGGAUUUGCCCCUGCUCUCUCUUACCUAAAGGAUUUGCCCCUGCUCUCUCUUACCUAAAGGAUUUGGCCCUGCGCUCCCUUACCUAAAGUAUUUGGCCCUGCUCUCUCUUACCUAAAGGAUUUGGCCCUGCUCUCUCUAACCUAAAGGAUUUGGCCCUGCGCUCCCUUACCUAAAGUAUUUGGCCCUGCUCUCUCGUACCUAAAGGAUUUGGCCCUGCUCUCUCUUACCUAAAGGAUUUGGCCUUGCUCUCUUACCUAAAGGAUUUGGCCCUGCGCUCUCUUACCUAAAGGAUUUGGCCCUGCGCUCUCUUACCUAAAGGAUUUGGCCCUGCGCUCUCUUACCUAAAGGAUUUGGCCCUGCGCUCUCUUACCUAAAGGAUUUGGCCCUGCGCUCUCUUACCUAAAGGAUUUGGCCCUGCGCUCUCUUACCUAAAGGAUUUGGCCCUGCGCUCUCUUACCUAAAGGAUUUGGCCCUGCGCUCUCUUACCUAAAGGAUUUGGCCCUGCGCUCUCUUACCUAAAGGAUUUGGCCCUGCGCUCUCUUACCUAAAGGAUUUGGCCCUGCACUCUCUAACCUCGGGGAUUUGGCCCUGCACUCUCUAACCUCGGGGAUUUGGCCCUGCACUCUCUAACCUCGGGGAUUUGCCCUUGCACUCUCUUACCUGUGGGACUGCCCUGCAGAGAUGAGGUGAGUGCAGGCGGGGCCACCGCUGGGUGAGGACAUAUAAGAGCAUGGAGCUGAGAAGCUUGGACUGCAGGCUGAGCCCAGAAACACCAGCUGCUGCCCAGUCGUCCAGCCAUGCCAUCCAGGCUGCUAUCCAUGCCUCCAAACAUCAGAAACGGAGGCCCAAAAGCCUCUCUUCCCUUAGCAGUGCCCUCCCAGGGCAUAAAGCUGAGCUCUACCCCGGGCCCUUUGGCGGCUUGUUGGAUUUUCUGAAACAGCAGUCAGGGCGGAGGUGUGAUUCCUCAGGGGGUGUCCAUGUCCUCGAUUCCUCUCCCUGGCAGAGUCCGGAUAUGGCGCCACACCGUCCACUUAGUAUGAGUGUCUUGGAGAUCCACCAUGUUGAUACAGGGCAGUUGGGCAGCUCUUGUGACCAUGACGUGGGCACUGUGGGAGGGAUGAGCCAUGGCAGUAGCUCUGGGUUCCUGCGAGGAAGCUCCCUGUGGAGCAGCCAGCGUUGGACCAUGUUUGGGAGAAGAUCUCAGGAGGCUUCUAGGAGGACCUUCUCCUCCCUGCGCAAGAGUUUCAGUUUCCGCGCGCGCAGAGCGGCAGAAUCGCGCAAAGUGGAAGAGCGAAUAGAGAAGAGGAUGCGGAGCCGCAGCGAAGGGGAAACCUGCUCCUUGCACACCACCUCGUCCCGACGGGAUCUUCUGAAAGCAGAGCCCCCCAUUGAGAGGAGUAAGGAGGACAGGACUGGCCUAUGGAGGGCCAUCACUGCCCCUUUCAGAAAGAAGGAAUAUGGCACCAUGAACCCAAGCAGGACUGGCAGAACCACUGAGCCUGUGCUUAUUGGCAUGAUGCGGGCAGAAAGCAGGGCACGCAGGGACCUCAAGGACUCAUUUGUCAAUAGCCAAGAAUGGACCCUGAGCCGAUCGGUACCAGAACUGAAAGUGGGCAUUGUGGGAAAUCUGUCGAGUGGGAAGUCGGCGCUGGUGCAUCGGUACCUGACGGGCACUUACGUACAGGAGGAGUCCCCUGAAGGGGGCAGGUUUAAGAAAGAGAUUGUGGUUGACGGACAGAGCUAUCUGCUGCUGAUCAGAGAUGAAGGAGGGCCCCCAGAGAUGCAGUUUGCAGCUUGGGUAGAUGCCGUGGUGUUUGUGUUCAGUCUGGAGGAUGAGAUCAGCUUUCAGACAGUGUUUAAUUACUACGCGCGCCUGUCCAGUUACCGCAAUACGGCCGACGUACCGAUGGUGCUGGUAGGAACCCAAGAUGCCAUUAGUGCUACGAAUCCUCGGGUGAUAGACGACUCGCGGGCACGGAAGCUCUCUAAUGACCUGAAGCGCUGCACUUACUAUGAGACGUGCGCCACCUAUGGGCUGAAUGUGGAACGUGUCUUUCAGGAUGUGGCGCAGAAGGUGGUGGCUAUCCGCAAAAAGCAGCAGCUUUCCAUUGGUCCAUGCAAGUCUCUGCCCAACUCCCCCAGCCACUCAUCUGUGUCAGCCGCCUCCAUACCGUCCAUGCACAUAAACCAGGCCACCAAUGGAGGCGGGACGUUCAGUGAUUACUCCUCCUCCGUCCCAUCCACCCCCAGUAUCAGCCAACGGGAGCUGCGCAUCGAAACCAUUGCAGCGGCCAGCACCCCGACCCCCAUCCGCAAGCAGAGCAAGCGCCGCUCCAACAUCUUCACGUCUCGGAGGGGCGCAGAGAUGGACAGAGAGAAGAGGGUCCCGGAGUGUAAAACUGAGAAUGUUGGCAGUGGAAGAGCCAUUCCUAUCAAACAGGGAGUUCUGUUAAAGAGAAGUGGAAAAUCUCUAAACAAGGAGUGGAAGAAGAAAUACGUCACUCUCUGCGACAAUGGCAUCCUGAAUUACCACCCCAGUCUGCACGAUUAUAUGCAGAACAUUCAUGGCAAACAAAUUGAUCUUCUCCGCACCACCGUUAAAAUUCCUGGAAAGAGACCCCCAAGGGCCACAAGUGGGACCCCUGCAGUAGGAAGCCAGUCAUCUGCACCAACAGGUUCUGCUCUUCCCUCGGAGCGCUCUCUCAGCGGGCUUAGCCUAUCGGCAUUCAGCGGGAAAGGAGAUGGGGGAGUCCUGACGCAGCGCUCCUUCUCUGUGUGCAGUGGGGAGCAGUGGGGAGACGGCGCUACCAGUGUCUCUCCCAAUGACUCUGUCAGUCUGGCUCCCAACCUGGGAGGAACCACCAGUCCUAGACUGGAUCCACCACCGUCCCCUCAUGCCAAUCGAAAGAAGCACCGCAGGAAAAAGAGCAGUGUCCCCCCCCGCUCAGAAGGCAACCCUGGCCCAGGAGAUGAGCCGGAGGAGUCCUAUGGCUUCGUCAUUGUCUCUCUAACUGGCAAGAGCUGGCACUUUGAGGCGUCUUUGUAUGAGGACCGGGAGCUGUGGGUUCAGGCCAUCGAGAGUCAGAUCCUGGCCAGCCUGCAGGGAUGCGAAAGCACCAAGAAUAAGGCACGCCUCGGCAGCCAGAGCGACGCGGUCGCCAUUCAGUCCAUUCGGAGCGUCCGAGGGAACAGCCUGUGUGUGGACUGUGAUACUCCCAAUCCGGACUGGGCCAGCCUGAACCUGGGCACCAUUAUGUGUAUCGAGUGUUCGGGCAUUCACCGGAACCUUGGCACCCACCUGUCCCGCGUGCGGUCCCUCGACCUGGAUGAUUGGCCGGUGGAACUGACUAUGGUUAUGAUGGCGAUUGGGAACAGCCUGGCCAAUAUGGUGUGGGAGCACUCAACUGAGGGGUACAGCAAGCCGGGCCCCGAGAGCUCCAGGGAGGAGAAAGAGCGUUGGAUUCGGGCUAAAUAUGAGCAGAAGCUGUUUCUGUGCCCUCUGCCAGCCUCGGAUGUGCCCCUUGGGCAGCAGCUGCUCCGGGCGGUGGUGGAGGACGACUUACGCCUGGUGGUGACUCUUCUGGCGCAUGGAUCCAAGGAGGAGGUGAACGAGACGUACGGAGACGGCGAUGGGCGCUCGGCGCUGCACCUCGCUGCCGCCAUGGCCAAUGUGGUGUGCACCCAACUCCUCAUCUGGUACGGCGUGGAUGUGAAGUCUUGUGAUGCCCACGGUCUCACCCCAAUGGCCUACGCCCGCAGGGCAGGAAGCUCCGAGUGCUCCGAUAUCCUCCUUCAGUACGGCUGCCCAAAUGAUGGAUGUAGCCCAACCCCUGCCCUCAGUGCCCUGUGACCGUUGGACUUGUCGUAUGGUGGUCUCUUGCCCUUAGAACUCUGCCCUUUGGGGGUCAGUGCUGUUUGACCCCUGAACU